AUGAAGCUGUUCAGAUCGAGUCUUGCAGGUGCGCUGGAUGAUGAUGACCUCUGCCACGAGGGUCACAAGUUCCUCCGAGAAUCACAACUGGUCUCAGAAGACCCCGAGAGCAAGAAGGACGAGUACGCGUUCGAUAAUCCGGCCUUCAAGACUGGCGAUGGAGCCGGUGGAACCACCACGAACAAAACAAACUCCCCGCUGGAUCCCAGCUGGACAUCGUCGACGACGGCGGCGGCCAAGCAGAACAGCCUCGACAAGCGGAAAACCGUGGACGACAGUUGCAUCAAUGCGGCCACUCCUCGGUUGGUCUCGCUGCGCGGCUCCGACUUUACCGGAUUGGGGGUGGAGGUGUACGGUGGUCUCAAGGAGGGCAUUUUCGUGAAGAAAGUCAUGCCCCAGGGCCCAGCGGCUGGAUCCGUAAAUACAGGUGACAGAAUCACCAGCAUCACAAUCGACUUUCGUCACAUCGUCCAAGAGGACGCGAUGACCAUCCUAAGCUACGCUUCUCCGUACAACGUGCAGCUGGAGUGUGUAAGCGGCGAAAAGAUCCCUCCGACGCAAAGCCCUAAACCGGGACAUCAGGCCCUCACCCAUCCACUGGUGCGGUCCAGCAGUCAGUCAGACAUGAAUACGAUUGAACGCAACUCCCGCAAGGAUGGCAACUCCACGCUCAAGAUGGAACAGCAAAGUCCAACCACGCUGAACAAGGUGCUACCGACCGUGCACAAGGAAAACGAGAAGGAACCCAAGAAGCACUCGUUCAAGCAACAGAUGAAGGAGAUGAUCGAGGAAAAGUUUCAAACCAAACAUGCCGAUGUCGAACGUAAGGACUCCAACGCCGCCGAAGGCAAGAAGGGACACAAAUUCGGCAUUCGCGUCUUCCCACCAUCUGUGAACGAUAAACUCUUCGGAAAAAGCCCAAACAAGGUCCAAGCCGACAAUGAAAAUAACACCAAUAUCGAGAAGAAGGUAUCCGAUGAGCAGAAGGAAAAAUCGCCAUCACCUCCGGUUGUGAAGAAACGCACCAAGGAACCGAAGAUCGUUCCCGAUGUGAUUGUAAUUGAAUCCGCGACGACCAACAUAACCACUACCAUGCCCAGCGAGUUUCAGCGACAGAAUAGUCUAACAUCCAGUGGAAUCAAACGAGACGCUGACGGAAUCCCGCAGGAGAUGCCUGGAUUCAUGAUGCAGGCCGCCAAUGCUGCCAAGGACAACCGGAAAUCUACCAGCGUCAUCGACGCCGAAAACAAACGCAAAGGUAAAGCUCCUAGGCCACCACAAAACGAAACCGAAAUGGACGAAAGUACAGCCACCAUGGAUACCACACUGAGCAUGGAUACAACCGAUGCGGCUGUACACAUGGAAACUGAAGUGAGGAAAUUCAACCUGAGCGAUCGUAUGAACUUCUCGGAUAACUUCGCCGAGGAAGUACUCAACUGUACGUUUGAAAGCGUCUCCGGAGUGGAAAAAUUCGAGGAAAAGGGACCGAGCAAUAGCUCAACACCGAAGAGCGAGCGGAAGAAGUCCUCGAUGACGGAGAGCAUGACGCAUGAAGAACAUGACUCAGACACCGAACAAACCCCGAUAGGUAGCAACAAAAUCGAGCUGGACUCCAGUGAUAUCACCGUGCACCAGAGUUCACCGAGUCCAUCGAGCAGCGAAGAGAUGAUUGAUGACAGUAAUCGGCGCACCGCCAGUCUGGGUGACCUUUCCAAACUGGAGACUCAAAUUUCCAAUCCCGGAAGCAACUGCAAUACUCUCGAGCGUGCCCAGAGCCUGGAAAUCACCGGCGACGUUGUGACGAUUGCCGGCACCGGAGCCGUCGUAGUUGGAACUACCACAGCACCUGGAACCAAGAAACGUAAGGCGUCAAUCGAAGGCCAGGUUGAUAUGGAAUCGAAAGAACCGAAGCUGACCAUUGGAAUCGAUGGGCUAAAUUCGCUGCAGCGAAACCGUCUUAAGGGAGCUUCCGCUUGGGGUAACCUGGAGGACGCCAUCAACUGCGGUGAACUGACGAACAGUUCGUCGGAAAGUGAGCUGAAGACUUCCACCGAGGAGAUUAUGGAACAACAGGUCACUGUCAUUGAAAAUAAAUUGGAUAACGUAAAGGAGAUGGCUAAGGAACAGUUGAUGGAAAUCAACACAACGGUGAUUCAGAUGGUUAAUGAAGUGAGUCCAAUGAAUGGAACCGUCAUCAGCAUGGAAGACGAACCAAUGGAAGAAAAACAUGAGAACAUUGUUGAGAUCGUAACAGUAGUUGAUAAAAUCGCUCCAGCAGUGAUCGUUGCGGAAGAAAGAAAGGUGGAAAAAGAGAAUGACAGGGAACAUGUUUCAUUAACUACAAUCAAUAUGGACUACAAUGGCGUUUAUCCAACGGAAUCGGAAGAAAGUGGCAACAAAACUGACCACGUCAAGAUCGCUAAUUAUGACACAAACAUUCCUGAUGACGUGAAAGUAUCACGCUAUCCAUUUGGAAGUCUUGAACGACCAAAAUCUGACGUCCUGAAGAAGCUAUUGGGUCAGAAAGAAGAGCUGGAAAAUACCCCGUCCGUGUUCAUCUCUGGCGAUAAUGAUUCCAACAAGAUCACAAUCGAAAACAACUAUCUCGAUGUCGGUGAACCGAUUAGUCUCACCUUGGUCAACAACGUUGAAGACAUUUCGGUUGAAAAUGAUCAAACUGAGAGCAGUCAAGCUUCUCCCGUCUUCUCCAGCAACACAAAUGGAGUCAGCAGCAUCAACAUAUCUUCAUUGGAAGUAGAUUUGGCCACAUCCUUGAACAACAAGCCUUUCACAGUAGCCCCCAAGUUUUCGCUGGACAACAUUGUAACGAUUUCCACUGAAUCAUCUCAACCAUCUUCGAUCAUCCUAAUCGAUGACGAAAAGCUCGACUUCAGCCUGCAAACCUUGGAUGACUUCGACGACAGUAUUGAAAAUACCAUAGCUCCAGAACCUCAGCUGAACUUCUCGUCAGAUACUAACAAGACCGUCAUUGAAACUACUCCACCCAUGCCGGAAAAGCCCAAAACUCCGAACAGCUUUGUCACGGAAAUCACAGUCAAAACCCCCGAAUCGGAACAAAACGGAAAACCUGAAGAACCACCGAAAGUAACCAAGAAGCCUCCGAAGCCGGAAAAACCAACGACUCCUCCGUCUAGAAUUCCUGUCGAACGAAGAAUGUCCAGCGAACACAGCUAUAUUCCUCGCAACACGGAAAUCAAAUUCACAACUUCUACAUACGACUCCGGCAAGAGCCACGAGAAGCGUCCUCUGGGUAUCGAUCAGAUUCGCUCCAACUUCGAACGCAGCAAUUCCAAGCCAGAUAUGCGCGCAUACGAACGAAGCAACUCCAAGACCGACAUCCGUGCAUACGAAAGAAGCAACUCUAAGACCGAUGUCCGCCCGUUUGAACGUAGCAAUUCCAAAACCGACGUACGCCCAUAUGAACGCAGCAACUCCAAGACCGAUGUCCGUCCAUUCGAGCGCAGCAACUCCAAGACCGAUGUCCGUCCAUUCGAGCGCAGCAACUCCAAAACCGACGUUCGCACAUUCGAACGAAGCAACUCCAAAACCGAUGUACGAUCUGUGUUGGAACGCAGCAACUCCAAAACCGAGAUCCCGGUACUAAUCCGACGAACCUCGAUCCCAUCAAUCAACUUGAACAACUCCACCGCAGUUAACUCUAGCCCACAGCCCAUGACGAACGGUAACAGCAACGGAUCGAGCCCACCGGCCACCAAAGCGAGUCCAUCGCGAAUUCCAGUGUUCAAUUCGGUCAGUAAAUUGAACAACGGCCAUGACAGCCCACGAUCACCGCCACCGUUCGCUCAACACAACAAUAAUAACAACAACAACAACAGUAUCAACAACAACAACAACAACAACAUUAGCAAUAAGGUUUCAGUAAGCAUCACCUCGAUCAAGAACCAGUCAAAGCAUCCGAGCGGCAAGUUGAACGGAAACUGAAGCCGUUCGUCAUCCAGGCAGGCCGCAAGCGAGUGUGAAUACUGAUUUUAAAAUGGUGCAAUUGAGUGUAGAACGUGUACACGAGAGCUUCCGGAGAUUACGAAUGGUUAGUGCCUAAGUCCAGAUAUAUCAUUCCCUUGAAUCUAAUUCAGAGUGUAACCGAAUGCUAACAAUGGGAUCUACUCACGGGGUACGCGUGAGCGGAUUGUAUCUAUAUGCUAGUUUUGUAAGACAGUGCAAGGCGGAACAUGUGUAAAUGUAUGAUAACCAGAAAUUAUUGCGAGUAACCGAAGCACUGGCAGUAUAGUAGAAUACAGUGGAAAUGUUUGGCCAUAUUUACAGUUUAUUCUCAUUUUAUAUGUACUUGUAAAAUAUAUCAGUAAAACGUAAAUAAAUGCGCCACGAUCAAGCGAGCGUAUCUAGUUGUAAGCUAAGGAAACCUAGACAUAUAAUGUUUGACUUAUUUUGUUAAUUAUUUGUUAAAACGAUGGGGUAUAACAAUUACCAUAUUAUCGGAAAUCUUCACUGCUUAGAAUGCAACGAACAGGUAACUUGGUGGACCAAGUUACCUCAGCUUCCAACGGGAGAUCUAUUUCAGUAACCAUUAAACGACCAUAAAAAUCAGAUGUUUGUAGGCAUAGGUAUUUUAUAUUUUCAUAGUAGUAAUAAAAAUGAUUAAUACCCGA